CUUGUAAAAACGUUUUGAACAAUUGCAGUAUCUGAUAAUUUCGGAGAAUAGGGAUUUUUACCUCUUCAAUUUGAAGCCAUGAGAAAAUUCAAUGAUGAAACUGAUAAAGACAAUCACAAUAUUAACUAAACUGUGCAGCUUCUUUCAAUAGUGUACGCCAUAACUGUUCAUUCCUUCAUCUUCUGUAAGCUGUGGAAUCGUACUUCUAUUCUCCAUUAAACUACUUUUCAAGAGCAAUUGCAGGCUUUCAAAUACCGAGAGAGAUACUCUUAAAUUUUAGCUCAAAUUACCGAGUCUUGAAUCUUUUCAGCAUUUAAAACGGAUUUGAGGUUCAAAUUCUUUAAAAUUGUAGGAUAAAGAUGGACGUAGGAACGGAAUUCCUUGACCGCGGGCAUAUGAAGACAAUUUACGACAAUGUUCACCAUAACAUUCACUUAGACUCUCUUAGUCUAAAGUUUGUAGAUACAGAGCAGUAUCAGAGGCUGCGGGACAUCAAGCAAUUAGGUUUAUGCUAUUUGGUGUAUCCUGGAGCAAUGCAUUCUCGAUUUGAACAUUCUCUUGGAGUCUACUGGCUUGCUGGAAAAGCAAUUGAACAAAUUCGACGAUUCCAAGGAUCUGAGCUUGAUAUUGAACGAAAUGAUAUCAUGAAUGUAAAGCUGGCUGGGCUACUGCAUGAUAUUGGUCAUGGUCCAUUCAGCCACACAUUUGAAAGCAGUGUUCUUCGUCGCAUUUUACCAGGAUCAAAUUGGCAUCGCUGGCACAGCAAGCUCGUCUGGAGGAGAUUGCCUAGGAAGAGCGAUGCCAACAAAUUCUUCAACAGUACGAAGAAAGUAGCCGUCAGGAAGCGAAGUGGGAUGGCACGAGGCCAGGAAGGAAUUGAACCCUGA